UGAAAUAAAAAAAAAAGAUUUAAAUUUUGUCUUGUAACCUAUGGUUGCCUGAGUUUGACUUCAACUGGCGAUUAAUCCCACAACGUUUUCUUGCUGAAUCAUUUUUUAUUUGUGGGUCAAUCCAAUCUCCGCUUAACUAUAUAUAUAAGAAAAUUUUAAUAUCUUGUAAUAUAAUUCAUUCUUGCAGUUACCUAAUAUAUACUAAUAUACUUGUGGCUGUGGAUAUAGUACUGUUUAAUUAAUAAGUUUUUGUUUGGAUACCAAAAAAUUAUUCAGUGGUGUCAUUAAUGGAGUUGAAGCUCGUUGAUUCUAAAUCCAUGUCUUUGUCUGAGAUUUCUGUCAUGGCUAAGACAUCUCCAAAUCUUUCUUCCAAUUUAAGCCAACUGGGUGGUUUUAGAUUCUCUUCAAAGCUUAAUUCUUGUAGAGGGGAAUCUAAUUUGAAGAUUUCUUGUUCGAGUACUGCCAAUGGUGCUUAUUUAUUGAAGAAGGCUAAUAAUGAAGUUGAAAAUUAUUUAUAUCAUUUUAAUGAAAAGAAUAAUAGUAAUUCGACAUUUUUUGGAGGGAAUCGGAAAGUUCUUGAUGCAUUUGACGACGAAUAUGGAGGAAUUAUAGUUGAUUCGAAGAGAUUACCGGAAAAUUCAGAUGAUUUUGCUUCUUCUCUUCAUUUUUCUGUUUCUCGAUGGAAAUUAAUGGGAAAGAAGGGAAUUUGGCUAAAGUUGCCAUUGGAGCGAUCGGAGCUUGUUCCCGUAGCCGUAAAGGAAGGUUUUGGAUAUCACCAUGCAGAACCAGGAUAUGUGAUGUUAACUUACUGGCUUCCUGAAGGACCCUGUAUGCUUCCUUCUAAUGCUACCCAUCAAGUAGGGGUUGGGGGAUUUGUCAUCAAUGACAAUAAUGAGGUUCUUGUAGUACAAGAGAGAUUUUGUGACCAACAAUCAGUUGGUCUAUGGAAAAUUCCAACCGGAUUCAUUCAUGAGUCAGAAGAGAUUUAUUCGGGAACUGUAAGAGAAGUGAAAGAGGAGACUGGGGUGGAUACAGAGUUCAUAGAAGUUGUAGCAUUCAGACAUGUUCAUAAUUUAGCAUUUGAUAAAUCAGAUCUAUUCUUUGUCUGCAUGUUAAAAUCUUUAUCUUCUCAGAUCACCAUCGACAAUCAUGAAAUCAAAGCAGCCAAGUGGAUGCCUUUAGAGGAAUUCGUAAAACAACCGUUGAUCGAAGGAGAUAGCAUGUUCAAGAAAAUCAUAGACAUCUGUGUUGCUCGAUUAGGAAAAAAAUAUUGUGGAUUGCAUCCGCAUAAAUUAGUUUCAAAAUUUGACGGAAGACUAUCGUGUUUGUACUAUAAUGUUGUUGAUGAUCAAAGCAUCAACUGCAGUAUUCAAGAAUAGGCGAAUAGCUACAAAAGUACAUGAAAAUAUUAGAUGAAUUUUAAUAUUGCAUUUGUAA